AUGUCUGUCAACCUUCCCAAGAGUGAGUUCGGCCAGCUCACCAUUCCGUACCUCUCUCAUGCGAUCACUGCCGAGAGUAUUAGAGCUAUGCCUAAGACCGUGAAGUCCGUCCAGGAGUUACCCCUAAACUAUUACCACAAGCUCAUCGAGGACUUCUCUGUUAUGGCGGCAGCACUCCAUGAAUUGACUGAUGAGAAGGUCAAGGCUGGAAAUGAUUUGUCCAGAACCAGGGAGUCGUUUGCGAUUCUCAAGCGGAAAAUCGUGUCUACACCUCUAUUGCGUCACCACGACCAGAACAAGCCGUUCAUGAUCAAUCCACAUGCGAAUCGCUGGGUGGCAUGUGUCGUCCUUGAGCAAGAGUACGAUGGAAAGAUCCUACCCAUGUGGUUCUUAGGUCGGUACUGGACGUAUUCGGGAAUCUCAUUCGGGGAUGUCCAGUAUUCCGCCCUGUCCUGGCUGUUAAAGGCCAAGAGCGCCAAUGGACGAUGUGUCAGAUGGGGAGUGAUCUUGCCCCAUUGGCAUUUGGAAGUUAACAUCAUCCAGAGCGACGAAGACGGGUUAGCCGCUAUUAUGGGAGCAGGCAUCACCCCACGUGAGCACUUGGACUAA